ACUGUCAACCAAGGUUAGCUACUUGCCCUGUCAAAGAUGCAUUAUUGGUUCCUUUUAGUGGUAAUUUCUGCUAUUGCCGUGGCAUGGCCCAAUAAUGAGCAGGCUUGCAAACGUUGGGGUAGGUUUGAUUUACUGGGCUUGUCGAAGGAUGGAGAUGUCAUGUUGGGAGGAAUUUUUUCAUUCCAUUACCACGUUGAGUAUCCGGACCUCUCGUUCAGCAAUCACCCAGGGCCAGCAAAAUGCCUCAGCUUUUGGUUUCGUCCUUUCCGUUUUGCACUGGCGAUGAUUUUUGCAAUAGAGGAAAUAAAUAACGAUACAGCACUGCUUCCCGGCGUCACUCUGGGAUACCGCAUUUACGAUUCUUGUGAUUUGCCCCAGUUAUCGUUGAAAGCAGCUUUGGAGUUUCUAAACAGUCCCGAGGCAAACACGUCCUCUGAUAACUGUAAAGACUCCUCCAUUGUUUCUGCGAUUGUCGCUGAUGCUGGAUCCACGCAGUCUUUAACAAUAGCACCUCCUAUCGGUGCCUUCAGAAUCCCAAUGGUUAGCUACUUUUCUACCUGUGCGUGCCUAAGCAAUAGAAAGAAAUAUCCGUCAUUUUUUCGAACUAUACCGAGUGAUUACUAUCAGGCUAGAGCAUUAGCCCAGCUAGUGAAACAUUUCGGAUGGUCAUGGAUCGGGACAGUUAAGAGCGACGAUGACUACGGGAACUUUGGAAUGCAAGCAUUUGAAGAGGCGAUACAACAAUUAGGCGUUUGUAUCGCCUUUUCCGUGUCGUUCAUUAAAACGUACACUCGAGAGAAGUUAUUGAAAACAAUUCAUACCAUACAAAAUUCUUCUACAAAAGUUAUCGUUGCUUUUGUAGGAGAAGCAAGUAUGCGUGUUCUUCUAAGAGAAAUGAUUAGACAAAAUGUCAGCGGCAUCCAAUGGAUUGGAACCGAAUCCUGGGUUUCCACAUUGCUUCUUCCUCCGGAGGACAGUAAAAAGAUUGCUUCUGGUGCAAUUGGGGUGACAAUUCGCAAAGUCAUCAUUCCAGGGUUGAGAGAGUUCCUAAUGAAAGUUCACCCAUCCCAGUAUCCAGGGAACCUCUUAGUGAAAAAGUUUUGGGAAAGUUGUUUCGGCUGCACUGUACGUGAUGAAAACAAAACAGAUCCUCGAAAAAUUGAACCAGAGCUUAAAGAAUGCACAGGAAGAGAAAACUUACAGAAUAUCCAAAACGAAUUUACUGAUGUGUUGCAAUACAGAGUGACUUACACCGUGUACAAAGCAACGUAUGCUAUAGCUCAUGCACUUCACAACAUGGCGUCAUGUAAAACUGGGGAAGGGCCUUUCCCCAAUGGCAGUUGUGUAAGUGUUUCAGAUUUUCAACCAUGGCAGUUACUACGUUACAUGAGAACAGUGAAUUUCACAACCAAGAUUGGCGAAAAGGUUUAUUUUGACGAAAACGGAGACCCUGUCCCUACAUAUGACAUUGUAAACUGGCAAACAAAUGCCGUCGGUGAUAUUGACAUUGUGAAUGUUGGGCUCUAUGAUGGGUCAGCUUCUGGAGAAGAAUUUUCAAUCAGAGAAGAGGCAAUUGUUUGGAGUGGUGGGCAGAAGUCGGUUCCUAAAGCUGUUUGCUCUGAAAGCUGCCAUCAAGGAACAAGGAAAGCCGGAAGAAAAGGACAACCUAUUUGCUGUUUUGAUUGCAUACAAUGUGCACAAGGUGAAAUUAGUAACACAACUGAUUCCAUUCAUUGCACAAAAUGCCCAUUGGAAUUCAAGUCUAAUGAAAGACGGGAUCAGUGCAUUCCAAAGGAAAUCGAGUUUCUUUCCUUUUUCGAGACAAUGGGAAUCAUUCUGGUGACACUGGCGCUGUUGGGAGCCUGCACAGCUGUUGGUAUAUUCGCAAUAUUCUACGUUUACAGACACACUCCGAUUGUUAAAGCUAAUAACUCUGAGUUAAGCUUCCUUCUUCUUCUUGCCCUGACACUUUGUUUUUUAUCUUCAAUUACAUUUAUUGGUGAACCUUCAGUUUGGUCUUGUAUGUUCUGCCACGUAGCGUUUGGUAUUAGUUUUGUUUUUUGCAUAUCUUGUGUAUUGAGUAAAACUAUUGUCGUGGUGAUGGUAUUCAAAGCAAAAUUUCCUAACAAUAAUGUGAUGAAAUGGUUUGAACCAAGACAACAACGGCUGAUGGUUUACAUCCUUACUCUUGUCCAAUGCGCAAUAUGUACUGCCUGGUUAAUUGUAUUCCCGCCUUAUCCUUUAAAAAACACUAGUCAUUCUAAUGAGAUAAUCAUGUUUGAAUGCAAUGUAGGAUCUUCGUUCGCCUUCUAUUGUGUGCUCGGCUAUAUUGGAUGUCUGUCCUGUGUGUGUUUUCUGGUAGCUUUUCUAGCUCGACAACUUCCAGAUAAUUUUAAUGAAGCUAAACAUAUAACGUUUAGCAUGCUUAUCUUUUGCGCAGUUUGGAUAACUUUCAUUCCAGCUUACAUAAGUUCACCAGGAAAAUAUGCUGUGGCGGUUGAAAUAUUUGCUAUUUUGGCCUCGACCUUUGGUCUUCUUUUUUGCAUUUUUGGCCCAAAAUGUUAUGUUAUUGUUCUGAAAAAAGAAGAAAAUACAAAGAGGAAUAUGAUAGGCUCAGUGGCUUCCAAAAAUACUUAAAAACAUUUGUAAAUGAGGACGGGAUACUUUAGUAGGUCAUUAUUUUGUCAGAAAGCUAGUAAAUGGGAAUUCCACGUCGAGAGCCGUAAAUCCGAAUAUUUUGCCAGGACACAUUCUACGCAAUCGAAUAAAGCCAUAAUGGCCUGCAGUAAGUGUAAUUUUGAAGAUGAGUUGAUAAUUUUUACUAUUUCAUACAUCUCCCCCGAGUUUCCUUUAAUCAGAAUUGAAAAUUGUGUGCGACAUUUUAUUAUUUAAAUUUGGAUUAAAGUAAUUUUUUGGUUUCCUUGUCGUGCCUCGAAAUUGUUUGGAGUGUCAAUUUGAAACUUACUUUAUCUAUCAUAAAAUUCCUGUUCUGAAACUUUCCCUAUUCCAGUAUACAAAAUGGAUUGCUCACAUCGUUUAAACAAAGUACAUUAACAAAAAUGCUGUCACUGUGCUAAAUUGGCAUUGAGGGGUGUUGGUGGUUUGAGGGUGGGGUGAUGGCGGUUCAAGGAAGAGGGGAGGUUUUGGAAUCUUUGAGUUUACCAUUUUGGCUUUGAUGUGGAAAAGUGGAUAUUCAACCUGUUUCAGAAAUAGUUUUCUAUUCAUAUUCCACAGCAGCUCACGAAUGAUUUGCUUCUCCUGUUCUUAACGGUGAGGUAUCUGUAACGUGCACUCACUAACCAACAGGCUUUUCUAUGUUAAUUUAAUUAAUAUGAACAACAUUCUUUCCCUUGGCAUAUUUGUGUAUUUUCUUACAGAGCUGCAGUAAUUCACUUCUGUAUUGCACGUUAGACAUGUUUACCAUCUAAUUUACAAA